ACUACAUUUGGAAAUCAGCUGUGCAUUUUAUUCAUCUUGUGCUAAGCGAGAGAACGGGACGCGCGAUUGUGUCGGUAAAAAUAGUUUUUCGUUAAACCAAUGAAAGACACCGCAAAAACAACAAUACCGAUAGAAAACUGCAUUAAUAUGUGUGCUUUGCAAAUGUUUUAGAAAAAUAACCAAUCUCAAAUAUGAUAUGAAGCGUGUAAAGUGAUAAGUUGAACGUGCAAACACUCAAAACCACAUGCAUAAUUUGAAGCUGUAACAAACGGCGAAAAAACAAAAGUAAAACAGAGUACAAAGCAAUUAAAAUGAGCAAUUCGCGUGGUGGCAGCACUGCGCUGGACUUGGCGCCGCUGCUUGAUGGGAACGGCAGUGAUAACAGCGACAACGAGGGAAAAUCAAAUGGAGCUCUGAUAAAUAGCAGUUCCAAGGAAGUGCGUGCCACUCACCGGGAUAGAGAGCGGGAGCGGGAUCGGGAGAGAGAGAGAGAGGAAGCCGAUUCAGCUAUAUUUGUGAAGAAGGUUGGCAGCGCGGUAUUCUACGGAAUCUCAUCGUUUAUGAUUACAGUGGUCAAUAAAACGGUUCUCACCUCCUACGCCUUCCCAUCGUUCCUGUUCCUCAGCCUUGGUCAGCUCACGGCCAGCAUUGUGGUGCUCGGCCUGGGCAAACGUACCAAACUGGUCAACUUUCCGCCUCUGCAACGGAAUACGUUCGCCAAGAUCUUUCCACUGCCCCUCAUCUUUGGCUUCAACAUGAUCUUUGGCCUGGGCGGCACCAAAGCCCUCAGUCUGCCAAUGUUUGCGGCGCUGCGACGCUUCUCGAUACUGAUGACCAUGUUGCUUGAACUGAAAAUACUCGGAGUUCGUCCCACGACGGCUGUGCAGGUCAGCGUAUAUGCGAUGAUUGGCGGAGCUUUGAUAGCUGCCUCUGAUGAUCUGUCCUUCAAUAUGCAGGGAUACACGUAUGUGAUGAUCACCAAUGCACUGACAGCCUCGAAUGGCGUCUAUGUGAAGAAGAAACUGGACACAUCUGAGAUUGGAAAGUACGGAUUGAUGUUCUACAAUUCACUGUUUAUGUUUGUGCCUGCCCUGCUUCUCAACUAUUUCACUGGCGAUCUGCAGAAGGCGCUUGAAUUUUCCAGCUGGAAUGAUCCGGCAUUUGUGGUCCAGUUCCUGCUCAGCUGUGUCAUGGGCUUCAUACUCUCCUACAGCACAAUACUCUGCACUCAGUUCAACUCGGCGUUGACCACAACAAUCGUCGGUUGUCUCAAGAACAUUUGCGUGACGUAUCUGGGAAUGUUCAUUGGCGGAGACUACGUAUUCUCCUGGCUCAAUUGCAUCGGCAUCAACAUCAGCGUGCUGGCCAGUCUGCUCUACACCUACGUCACAUUCCGGCGGAAGCAGGCGCCCGACAAGCAAGCCCAUCUGCCCAGUUCCCGCGGAGAGAACGUCUAGUCUCAAUAGAGAAAGAGAGAGUCGAGAGAGAGACGAGCCAAUGUCGCUUGCACUUCUGCCAAAGCCAUAAAUGUUUUAUGUAUCGUUAGGAGAUGAGAAUUGAGCAGAGAUCCGCCUUAAUAGCAAGCUCAAUCUUAAACUAUAACUAUAACUGUACAUAUGUAGUUAUGUAUUUAAAUAUUUUAUUACUAUAUAUAGCUCCUAUGUAAUCUAAAUGUCUUUGUAAACUUAUAUGCAAUUGCUGAGCUACAAACAUACACGUAAUUAAUUAUAUGAAAAUGUCUUAAGUUAAAGAAAUACAGACGUACACACCCUCUACAUAACAAUAGAUAAUUGAGAAUAGAAUAAAAAUAUAUAUAUAUAAUAUAUAAUGCAACACAUAUGUAUUUGUACAAUUUGUUUAAUAACUUUUGACGAGACACAGUCAAACUUGAUGAUAAGAUUGCCUUGCGACAGAUAAGAUAUAAGUUAUGAGACCUAUGUAAGUGCAUAAGCUCGUAACACACUUCUUGUAAAUAUUUGUACUUUUAAUUGUUAAUUAUGUUACAAAUGUUCAAUGAUUAGCUUACUCUGUUUACCCAAUCAUAUUACGGUAGUUUCAAUUAAUUUCCAACCAAAUAAAUUAUUAUUUAACACAAUUUUCAAUUAUUGUUACAAGUUUUAUCAGAUACAACGGAAGUGUAUUUCCUUAUAGAUAGAACUUAUCUUUAGACAACUUGCACAUGGUUUCUGCUUCAGCUAUUACGCGCUUAUCUCAGUGUACCGCAAUGCUUAUCUCGUUUAUAUAUAAAUAAACUAUGUGUAUAUAUAUAAUUAAUUAUUUAACUUCCCAUCUUUUCUAAUGAAUGCCUUAUAUAUGUGAAAUCAUUCACGUGUCAACUGGUAAAUUACUCAUUAAUAAGCAACAAAAAUA